AUGACGCAUUUUUCUGUGGGAAGAGAACGUAUCACUGAUGAAGAGAGGUCAGGACGGCCAGCAACAAGCAGAACUGAAGAAAAUAUUGCAAAAGUUCGUCAAAUUGGGCGUGAAAAUUGUCGGCUGACUGACAGGAGCAUAGCAGAGCAAGCGAACAUGGACACAGAAACAGUUACGAAAAUCUUAACCGAAGAUCCUGACAUGAGGAAGGAAAGAUAUAAGACUUAUGGUUGUCACAGAGAUUUGAUACACAUGCACACAUGCAUUUUUAUCAAAGAUCCACCUUUAAGGACAGCUAGUGCUCUAGGAAAGAUGGUGGUUGGAGGCGAGUGUAAAUACAUCUAA